AGCUGUGCGCCGACAGCCAGCGCCUGGCACCUGCGGCUGGCGCGGCCCGACCCUCCGCGGCGGGGCACACCCACGCCCCCCUGGGCACGGGCAGCAGCGACCGGUGGCGGCGGGCAGGGGCGCGGGAAAGUUCUCGCCGGGCUGCAAACUCCCCGCGGCGCCGCGCGUCCCCCGCGCGCCCUGAGCCAGACCCCCCUGCGAGGGGACGCCAGCCGCACCCGCGCUCCGGUCGACUGUCCCCUCCGCCUGCAGCGUGCAGGACCCCGGGGAUGGCCACCAACGCCUCCUGCUGCAGUCUGGGGUCGCCGACCGCGCCCCCCAGCACCAACCUGACCAGCGGCUUCUGCCAGCAGGUCUUCAUCCAGCCCGAGGUCUUCCUGGGGCUGGGCCUGGUCAGCCUGCUGGAGAACGUCCUGGUGGUGGCCGCCGUGGCCAGCAACGCAAACCUGCACUCCCCCAUGUACUUCUUCCUGUGCAGCCUGGCCGUGGCCGACAUGCUGGUCAGCCUGUCCAACGCGCUGGAGACGGUGGUCAUCGCCGGCGUCAACGGCCGCUACCUGGCCUUGGACGACCAGGUCCUGCAGCAGAUGGACAACGUCUUCGACUCCAUGAUCUGCAUCUCCCUGGUGGCCUCCGUGUGCAACCUGCUGGCCAUCGCCGUGGACAGGUACGUGACCAUCUUCUACGCGCUGCGCUACCACAGCAUCAUGACCGCGCGCCGGGCGGCGGCCGUCAUCGCGGCCAUCUGGGCGGGCUGCGGCGUCUGCGGCGUGGUCUUCAUCGUCUACUCGGAGAGCAAGACGGUGGUGCUGUGCCUGGUGGCCCUGUUCCUGGCCAUGCUGCUGCUCAUGGCCACCCUCUACGUGCACAUGUGCCUCUUCGCGCGCCUGCACGCGCGCCGCAUCGCCGCGCUGCCCCCCGCGCACGCGCCCGCCGCGCCGCGCCCGCGCUCGCGCCUCAAGGGAGCCCUGACCGUCAGCCUCCUGCUGGGCGCCUUCCUGCUCUGCUGGGGCCCCUUCUUCCUGCACCUGCUGCUCAUCAUUGCCUGCCCCGCGCACCCCGCCUGCGUGUGCUACACGGCCCACUUCAACGCCUACCUGGUCCUCAUCAUGUGCAACUCGGUCCUCGACCCGCUCAUCUAUGCCUUCCGCAGCCCCGAGCUGCGCAAGACCUUCACCCACCUCCUCUGCGGCUGCAGCGGCCUCCACCUGGGCUGAGGGCCGGGCUCUGUGCCCCCCCACCCGCCUAAGGGCUUGGAAAGAGAGGGGAGUCCUCGUGGGGGGCGUGCCCGGGGCAGAGCGGCGGGUGACUUGUGAAACUGAAACACGUCCAGCUGUGUGUGUGUCCGGACCUUGGCUUCCGUCCUGCGGCUUCGGCCGUGCCACCCCCCCUCCCCACCACCCACCCCCUCCCCACCACGGAUGCAGUCUCCACCGGUGGCUGCUGAGAUUGUCCUGGCCGGGGGGGGGGGGGGGCGGGCCCCCCAACCCGUGCUGCUCUCCAGAGACACCCUGAGGGGAACUCCGUGUGAGUGAGUCACUGACGGCCAAGGAGGAGGAGAGAGGGAGGGGGGACCCGCGUGUACCCCCCAGGCUCCCGGGAGCACCGAGAGGCGGCAGGGGCUGCAGGCGGCGUUACCCUCUGCCCUUGGCUCGGGGCCGGCCCCGCGGAUUCUUUGUGCAAAACAGCGAGCGAAGUUGUUCGUGCUCCUGGCUGCUCCCGCCACCCCCCAAAACGAGAAUCCAAGGGAACCCGCUUCUGUGCUCGCAGGACAGGGUUUGGGGGUUGUCUGCGGGGCUGGGGGGACCUUAAGGAAGCUUCCUCGCUGCUGGGGGGCUGGAACCAUGAGGCCACACCUGUACCCGAGCCCAGGGCCAGCUCCCUGGCUCCCCCCGCCACCCCAGCCGAGAGCGGGAGGGGCCUGUCUGUGCCUCUGUCUGGAAACUGCUUCCUGUCCCUGGGACCCUCCCGGGAAGCCAGCCACUUCAGCCCCUCGAACCCUUCCCCGUCCCCCGCGGCACUGCCCACUGCACCCCCCGGCCCGGGCUGCGUCUCUGCAUGUUUCACUUGUGCCGGGAGCUACUGGCCUUUCUCUGUACUCAA